AUGUCAGUCAGGCCCAACAGCGCAGCUUUUAUGGCGCAAGCUAUGAAUGCAGAUAAUCCUCACCGUGAAACAUUCCAUAAAUUCUUCGAGUGUUGGAUCUGCGAGCAGAAUUCGUACCUUGAAGAACUUGUUUCCGUCGCUAACAACCACAACCCGACCGAAAAUGACGACGCCGUUCUGAUUCCAUUGAUCGAGAGAGUUGUCAGGCAUUACGAGCAGUACUACCAGGCGAAAUCAAAUUGGGAGAAACGAGAUGCGAUUUCGAUGUUUUCGCCUGCGUGGCGGAGCAAGCUUGAGGAUGCGUUUCUGUGGAUCGGAGGAUGGCGGCCGACGUUAGCAAUCCACCUUUUGUACUCGAAAUCAGGAAUUCAAUUAGAGGCUAAAAUCGGUGAUCUAAUCCGUGGAUUGAAGACUGGGGAUCUAGGAGAUUUGGCACCGAAUCAGAUGAAUCGAAUCGACGAAUUACAGAAGAAAGUCAUACAUCAAGAAAGAGUAUUAAGUGAGAAAUACGCCAAGGAACAGGAGGCGGCGGCGGACCGGUCGAUGGUGGAGCUUUCUAACGUGGUGUCGGAAAUGAUCAGGACGGAAGACGGCGAAGUAGAUUCUGAGAAUGAGGAGAAAGUGGACUCGAUGUUGAAUUCGAAGAAGGAUAAUUUGGAGGAGUUGUUACACAUGGCGGAUGAUCUGAGACUGGAGACGUUGAAGACAGUUAUUGAGAUUCUAACCCCGAUACAGGCAGUGUAUUUCUUGAUCGCGGCGGCGGAGCUGCAUCUCCGGUUACACGAGUGGGGGAAGAAAAAAGACGCCAAUGGAACUGAAAAUGGUAUUGCGACUGGGACCCACAACCAUGGUAGCGGUUUGCAUGUUCCUGACGUUAGGGUUUGA